AUGGACGUCGACGAAGACGACACGCUCGGAUCGGCCUUCGGCCUUGGAUCCGUGCUCGCCGAAGUCGGUGUCGACGAGGCCGCUCUCAAUGCCUUCCUUGAACGCACCGAGGGCAAGAGCUCGCGUGCGCUCGAGGCAGCCAUCCAGGAAGGCGACGAGAAGUACAUGGACGACGUGAGCGACGACGAGCUUCCCGCCGAGAAUGACGAGGACAAGGAGGCGCGCGCUCGCGAGCAGGCCGCCAUCAAGGCGAAUGAGGAGCGGUGGGCGCGGCGUGCGGCGGCCGAACUAGCCCCCCAGAAGGACAAGGAGAAGGAGAAGCGGCGAAAGCGUCAGGCGGAGCGGGCCGCGGCUGAGAAGAAUGUCGUGGGCUCUGUGUGGCCAGACUUUCGACAGGGGACGGUGCUCAAGAUGUCCGAGGUGUUCUAUGAGACACCGGCUGCGCGCGAGGCCGUCGCGGCGGGCUUACUAAAGAAGAAACGACGGCUUCUGGAUGGGCUUCCUCGGGAGAGCUUCAUGGUCAAUGUCGAGCCUAGCAAGGAGCGGCCACCUACUAUGAGCUUCCUCCUACCCAACCUUCCUCCACUUCCAGUACACAACCCGGCCGAGGCAAACUACCUCACGGCUAUAGGGAGAAUGUUUGACAAGCAGUGGACCAAGGAGGCGCGUGAGCGGCGGCGGAAAGAGAUGACGCGCCCUCCGCGCGGAGUGCGGUUCGACGACACUGUCGAGAUGCUAGAGGACAAGCCACUCGACCUUGCCGACUGGGAGAACGAUAUCGUCAUGUGUGGCCUCGACGAGACUGUGACAGCACACGACCCGCUGCAGCUCCGCAACGAGCACCUGGUCAAGAGCGACUGGAUCAACGAUGUGAUCUGGGAUGCGCGUCGCGCGUCGCCCGAUCUCAUCGAUGUACACAGCGACGAGGAAGAAGCAGUCGCGAUCAAGGAGAAGGAUACGCCUGUCACCAUGACGCAGGGCAAACUCGACCCGUUCAAUCUCUCCAACGAUCACCUGUACGAGCACAACCGUGCAUCUCGCUUCCGCAUUCGCCAGACAUUCGGUGCAAUCGAGGUGUUCCACAGCACCCCAGCUAAGAUCCUGCAGAUGCCGUACUACAAAACAACACUGGAUAAGAACGAGGCGCGCAUGUGGCACCGCACACCGCUUCAGUUCCCGUCGGGCGUGUGGAACUCGUUCUCCAAGCUCAAGCCGAACCCGAACACGCAGCGCAAGAGCCGCGUGAUGGCCGACCCGAGCGAGCGCUUCAAGACGACCAAGGACCUGAGCUUGACGGAGAAGGGUCCAUUCGUGCUUCUCGAGUUCUCCGAGGAGUACCCGCCUAUCAUGAGUGGUUACGGCAUGGGUACGACGAUUGUCAAUUACUACCGCAAGAAGGACGACAAGGACGACACGGUGCCCAAGCUCGACCUCGGGCAGCCGAGCAUCCUCAACGUCGGCGACACCGAGCCCUUCCUCCUCAGCUACGUCGACUCUGGCAAGGUCACGCAGAUCAUCCACAACAAUCUCAUCCGCGCCCCGAUCUGGAGGCACACGCCUGAGACCACCGACUUCCUGGUCAUCCGACAAACGAUCAACAACCACACCUCGUACCAUCUCCGCGAGAUCAAGGACCUCUUCGUCGUCGGCCAGGCGGUGCCACACGAGUCCGAGGUGCCUGGCCCCCACGCGCGCAAGAACACGAACACGGCCAAGCUGCGGUUGAUGAUCGUCGCGUGGAUCCUGAUCAAGAAGAACUUGGAGAUCGAGCAUCAGAGAGUCAAGCUAGCGCGGCUACAGAAGUACUUCCCUGAUCAGACGGAGUUGCAGAUGCGCCAGCGCCUCAAGAUCAAGGGUAACGAGUUCCUGGAGUACGACAAAGAGGCUGGCUUCCACUCGGGCUUCUGGCGGCUAAACCAGAGCUACGACUUUCCCACCGAGCGCAAGGACGUCGAGGCGCUCGUCACGCCAGAGAUGGCGUCCCUUUACGAGGCGAUGCAGGUCGGCGCGCAGCACUUGCGCGACGCCGGCUACACCAAGACGGCGGACGGCAACGCGGACGACGAGUUUGGCGACGGCACCGAGGCAGGACUUGACGUCGAGCAGCGCCUCGCGGUGUGGAGCACGACGCUCAACUACAAGAGGGCCGAAGCACAGAAAGCGUGGCUGCAGGUGCACGGCGAUGGCGACCCGACAGGUCGCGGCGAGGGCUUCUCGUUCCUCAAGACGAACAUGAAGAACUACUUCUUGCGCAAGGGCGAGACGGAGGAGGGUCGCCGCCUUGAAGCCGAGGCCAAGGCCGGCGGCGGGCCUGUCAAGAUCUCCAAUGCCGAGCAGAACCGCAUCUACGAGGAGGAGAAGCGCAAAGUGUGGGACCUACAGUGGAAGGCGUUGUCGAACCCCACACCACCCGGCUUGGACCUCGAUUUGACAGCUGAGGUGGUUGAGCCGACCCAGGCGAUGGCCAUGGGGCCGCGCUUCGCCAAGAUCGAGCGCGCCUUCUCUCGUAGUGGCAGUGUCUUUGACUCGCCGAUGGACGACCCGCGCUCUCCAUCAGCUUUCUCGUUUGACGGCGAGAGUCAGUUCACAGGCAAUGAUCGGGGUGCGCACAAGGUGCUGCGUAUCAAGCGCGUCGUGCGCGGCAAGCAGACGGUCGAGAUUGUGCGUGACCAGGCUGUAAUCCAAUCCUACCUUCGGAGGGUCGAGGAACGCAAGCUCGCACAGUACACGGACGAGUUGGAGCACCUCGCGCCAACAGGCAACAUUGAGGAGGACGAGCUCAAAAUCCAGGCCAUCCGGGCUGAGGUGCAGCGCCUCAAGAAGAACCAGGUGCGCCGGCAGCAGCGCAAGAAGUACCAGGGCAAGGGCGAGCUGCCCGAAGUUGCCGAGGGCGAGGGCAAGCGCCGCUGUGGCGCGUGUGGCGCAUACGGCCACACAAAGGCGAACCGGAACUGUCCCAAGUUCAAUGCCAAACAGGCCGACUCGGCUGGCACUACACCUGUUGCCGGGCCGACGCCCUAUGGGUAUGGCGCGCAGAUGGACGCGUAUCAUAACCCUGGGACGCCGGAUGAGCCGAGCCCUGCGCCGAUGAAGAUCAAGCUGGCGCUGGGUGGGCGUUAG